UGAGAGCCGCAGCACGGGGAAGCCAUCUUACUGUCUCCCGGGAAGAUGACCGGGAAGUCUGUUCGGGACGUGGAGCGGUACCAGGCCGUGCUUUCUGAGCUGCUGCUGAGGGAGGAGAACAAGUUCUGCGCGGACUGCCAUUCUAAAGGACCAAGAUGGGCCUCUUGGAAUAUUGGGGUAUUUGUGUGCAUCCGCUGUGCAGGUGUCCACAGGAACCUUGGAGUCCACAUCUCACGUGUGAAAUCUGUGAAUCUGGACCAGUGGACUCAGGAACAGAUACAGUGUAUGGAAGAGAUGGGAAAUGGGAAAGCAAAACGACUGUACGAAGCAUUCUUACCGGAUAGUUUUAUCCGACCACAAACAGACCAAGCAGUCGAAACAUUUAUCAGAGACAAAUAUGAAAAGAAGAAGUACAUGGAUCGCAGUGUAGACAUCAGUGCGUUUAGAAAAGAGAGAGAAACUAAGUGGAAGAAAUCUGAAUCUGCACCUGAAAUCAAAUCGGGGCCGGUCAUAUUUGAGAAGGUAAAGUUGCCUCCUAAAAAAGAUGACUCUCAUCUUGCUAAAAGCUCUCCACAAAGAACAGCAGAGCCAGUCAUGGACCUCCUAGGCCUUGAUGCACCAGUGGCCACUACUGUUCCCAAUGGAAAGUCAAAUACCAGCUUGGAAAAAGAACUAGAUCUUUUUGGCUCCACUUGCUUGACCAGCUCAAAGACCAACCAGACUGUCAGCUCCAUGCCAGUCACUGGCUCAGGAUCUGUCCCAGAGAACCUUAACUUGUUUCCAGAAUCUGGUGGGAAAGCAGAAGAAGGAACAAAGAAGCAACUCUCAAAGGACUCAAUCCUUUCUCUGUAUGGGCCUCAGAAUCCCCAGAUUCCAGCUCAAGGAGCUCUUUUCAUGGCACCAGCUCAGAUGCCAUACCCAAGUGCUUACACUGGCUUUCCAGCAGUUCCGUCUUCUAGUGGUGUUAUGGGUGGUAUGAUGGCGUCACCAAUGGGAAUCAUGACUCAACCAGCACACCCAGGUGUAGUUGCCCCUAUGGCUGUUCCAGCAGGAUAUGUGGGUGGAAUGCAAGCAGCAGUCAUGGGUGUCCCAAAUGGAAUGAUGGCGCAACAUGCAGGCUACGUAACGGGCAUGGGUGCUGUUGCUCAACCAAUGUAUGGCAUGCAACCCGGACAGCAAUUACAGUGGAAUGUCACUCAGGUGUCCCAACAGAUGGCAGGGAUGACCUUUUUUGGUGUAGGAGGCAUGGCGGGAUAUGGACAGCCUACAGCUAACCAGGGACCUAACCAGAGCCUCAGCACACCAAUGUGGAAAUGAAAAUAAAGAAACUCCUUUCCCAGUGAACUCUUGCUCCCCUCACUUUUCCAGCCAAGCUGGUCUUUUUCGGGUAAAUGAGCAUCUUCUUUCGCCUAAGUCUUUCUAAGGUUCACCCUACUUAAAUUGCAGUCAGUCUUUCCCAUACUUUUACAGGGACACCCUGGUCCUUUAAAGCUACUGUUACCGGUAUGUUUUAGAAUUUCUGAGAAUUGUCUACAGUUAGACUUGUAGAUGAGCUUCAUAACGUGAAGAACCACAUCAAGGAUAUGGUUAUUCCGGCAACAAGAGAUGGGUCCAGUUAUGUGUGCUGCUACCAGCUAAAUACAAUGGGCACAUGACUGAAGAGACCUGUGUUCCAAUCCACACCAGCAAGCCUCUUCAGGACUGCAGCCACUAUGUAUCUCACCUCUGUGCAGCAACUGGAAUAGCAUGGUAGCCAUACUUGUCAAAUGGGUGGGAAUAAGGCUUAUUCUUUUCUCCAUAUCUAACUUUUAACUGUUUUAUAAGUGAGGGUUUCUUUGAAAGUGGAGUAAUGAAAGUAGGUAAAUGCAAAUUUAAGGCUUGUUCACGCCUGAAUUGGUGGCUCCGUUACAAGUUUCAUCAAAAAGACAGGACAAAAAAAGUCCUGCAUGCAGAAUAUUAUUUUGACCUCCAGAAAAACAGGAUCCCAAAAGGAAACUCGGCGGAGUUUGUUCAGUGCUGCUCAUCUCAGUUAUGUGCGGAAUCCUGCAUUUACAUUAUUGAAAUAUAUAGUGGCGGUGUAGGCCUGCCCUAAUCUAAAUUUAACCUAGUUAAAGGGGCUUGUCCCAUCUGGGCAUUUUUGGUAUAUGCACAGGGUAUGCCAUAUGGGACAACUUCUUUUUAAAAGGCAUCUGUCAGCAGAUUUGUAUGGAUGAAACUGGCUGUUACAUGUGCACUUGACAGCAGAAGACAUCUGUUCAUACGUGCCCACAUUGCUGAGAAAUAUUACAUUUUAAUAUAUGCAAGUGAGCAUCUAGGAGCAACAAGAGCAUUGCCAUUACACCUCGAGGCUCUGCUCUCUCGGCAACUGCUGUGCCCUCUGCACUUUGACAAGACCAGGCAGUGAAAGCAUCAGGCCUGACCUUGUUCAUUAAAAGGCAGAGGGUGCAGCAGUUGCCGAUAAGGGCCCUAAGUG